AUGAAGUACGUCGUUGUAUCUGGUGGUGUCAUCUCCGGGAUCGGCAAGGGGGUGCUUGCGCUGUCGACGGGGUUGUUGUUCAAGACGCUCGGCCUCAGAGUCACCCUGAUCAAGAUUGACCCCUACAUGAACAUCGACGCCGGUACCAUGUCCCCCCUCGAGCACGGUGAGUGUUUCGUGUUGAACGACGGCGGCGAGGUCGACUUGGACUUGGGUAACUACGAGCGGUACCUCAACAUUACCCUCACCCGCAACCACAACAUCACCACGGGGAAGAUCUACAGCCACGUGAUCGAAAAGGAAAGAAAAGGCGACUACUUGGGCAAGACGGUGCAAGUCGUUCCUCACAUCACCAACGCAAUCCAGGACUGGAUCGAGCGGGUGGCGAAGAUCCCCGUCGACGCCCUGGGCGAGGAGCCCGAGGUGUGUAUCAUCGAGUUGGGGGGUACCGUCGGUGACAUUGAGUCGGCGCCGUUCGUCGAGGCGUUGCGCCAGUUCCAGUUUAGAGUCGGCACCGAUAACUUCGCCUUGAUCCACGUGUCGUUGGUCCCCGUGAUCCACGGCGAGCAGAAGACUAAGCCCACCCAGGCGGCGAUCAAGGACCUCAGAUCGUUGGGGUUGACCCCUGACAUGAUCGCCUGUCGGUGUCUGAAGGAGCUUGAAGGCGCCACCAUCGAGAAGAUUGGCAUGUUCUGCCAUGUGGGUAGAGAACAGGUGAUUGCCGUACACGACGUCAACCUGACCUACCACGUGCCCCUCUUGCUCAAGGAGCAGAAGAUGAUGAAGUACUUGCUGCGCAAGUUGAACCUCAACGACGUCAUCACCAACCCUAAGAACGUCGAGCGCGGCGACCGCCUCAUGACCAAGUGGCGCAACAUCACCACCGCCCACGACCAGCUGCACGAAACCGUGACUAUUGCCCUCGUCGGUAAGUACACCAACUUGAAGGACUCGUACUUGUCGGUGAUCAAGGCGUUGGAGCACUCGUCGAUGAGAUGCCACCGCAAGUUGCGCAUCGAGUGGGUGGAGUCGCUGAACCUUGAGGAAGGCGCCCGCGAAGAAAACCUCGCCAACUACCACCAGGCGUGGCACUCGGUGUGCCAGGCCCACGGGAUCUUGGUCCCGGGUGGGUUCGGCACCCGUGGUACUGAAGGGAUGAUCGCCGCCGCUAAGUACGCCCGUGAGAACAAGAUCCCCUACUUGGGGGUGUGUCUCGGGUUGCAAAUCGCCGUGAUCGAGUUCGUGAGAAACGUCGUCGGCAUCCCUGAGCUGACGUCGAUGGAAUUCGACUCUAAGGCCAACGAAGACACCGCCUCGGUGGUGUACAUGCCCGACGUCGACCAGGUCAACCUUGGCGGCACCAUGCGUUUGGGUAUCCACUCGACCAAGUUCGUUGCCAACUCGGAAUGGUCGAAGUUGCGCAAGUUGUACGGCGGCGAAGAGGAAGUGUGGGAAAGACACCGUCACCGGUACGAGGUGAACCCGAAGUUGAUCAAGGACAUCGAGGCCAAGGGGCUCAAGUUCAUUGGCCGCGACGAGCUGGGCCAGCGGAUGGAGAUCUUCGAGUUGCCCGACCACCCGUUCUACGUCGCCACCCAGUACCACCCCGAAUACGUGCUGAAGGUGUUGGACCCCCUGCGCCCGUUCCUCGGGUUGGUGGCGGCGGCCGCUGGCACCUUGGACGCCGUCAUCGAACACAACGACUUGAAGAUGAAGGCGGAAUUUUGA